GCGGAACAGUCUGUGCCUGCCCAUUUGAGGAAACGCAGCUCACCGGCAUGUAACGCAAAACCGAUGAGCUCGCUCGCCGUACUGGGAUAACAAUCCACCCGGAUAAACAAAAACAAAAGAAAAAACCUCUUUGCAGGCUUGGUUUACAUGAUCGUAGCGGGGAGAAACUCGAAACGUCUUCCUCGUGUAAAGCUCAACUGGUUACCAAGAGGGUUAAUGUGGUCACGUCACCCAACAGCGAGUUGGGAUCGGUGAGGGAAAAACCUGAUUACAACAAUACAUGCGUGUUCCGAAGACGAAUCAGUAAAAAACAGGAAUGAUGGACUCGGGUGUGGCUUUAGUGUUGACAACGUUGAUGUCCAUAGUCCCAGGAGUGUCUGGUACCUUAUUGACAAUCUCUGCCCUUGUUGCAUCCAGCGCCGUUGCUGGAGUGUUGUUCAUCGUUAUUAUCGUCGUUCUUGUCAUUGGAUUGACAUGGAAAGACUGGUUUCCAAAAUGGCAGAGAUGGCGGGGAAAGGUCAAGGUGCCACGCCGCGUGAGGAAGAUGAGGCAGUUACGUCAAACAAUGGCGAACAGACCGUCACAAGCGACCUACGCCUCGAGCACGAUAGAAGAUAAAGAUGCAGCUUCAUAUAUACACAGAUGGAACAGCGAUAGAGAAAAUUACGAAGGGAUAUAUGAAGAGAAGGUAAAAAGCAUAGAUCUACCGGAGGAGGAAGAAAUUAGGAUAGAGACAUAUGUAGUUGAAAACGAAACACUAAACCUGGGACCUUUCGAUACGAAACCCGCGAAAACAGACAAAACACAAAUUGACGAGUUUGAAGCCACGACUGAUGAGUUAUACGCCACCGUUGACAAGAACCGAAAAAGUGGAGACGAAGGAACGCUAAGCCAAGGGUCUUCUGGGAUUGGCAGUGCCACAACUCCCAACGGAGAAUCGAUGGACAAGCAGACAGUCAACAGAGAUCAUGAGACUCAGCAACAGCUUCUGUCCUUCUCGGAACAGGAUUCGACAUUGGUGCUCUUCUAAAUACGAUAUGAAAUCCAGGUGGUGAUCCGUUCGAUGUUGGCCUAUUAACAAAACAAUAGUUUGCUCAAUGUGUGUUUAUAACGAGUCAAACGGAAGAACAAUGAGAGAAAAUGACAAAACAUAGGAAAACAUUAUCUAACGUUUAUAUAUGUCAUGGUGGUUGUAAACUUGUUUUAGAAAAAUACAAAGUACUACGGUUUUGUGUUACCUGGAUUAAAAAUUGCACCCAAAAGAACCCACAUCAGCAACAACACAAAAACCCAUUGACAUGUCACGGAAAUAAAUGCAAACCGAAUGAUCUAUUUUAAAUGCUUGAAUAUCAAAAAUGUACUGGAGAUUUCAAGUUUUAAUUCAAAGUUCAAGAAGCGAAACUAUUUCAGUUCAAACUUUUGAGUUUAAUAAUAUACAUGUAGUAAUAAAGUGACCCAGUUAAAAUUAAUCAUCAAGUCAUUAUCUACGUCAAAGCCUAAAGUUUAGAUUCAAAACUCUUUAUGUUUUUCUACAAGCUAUGUGUAUGAUGUAUGUUCUCAGAUAAACCUAAAACAAAAGUCAUCAAAAAUGAGGUUGUCUUGUGUGAAUUAUAUAAUGCUAUCAAAUAUUUAUAAUGUUUUGUGCCGGUUUUGCACACUAAUUCAUUUAAAGCUGGUUACGCCACUCACCACCUAAAUAUCCUACAUAAGAGAACAAAGAGUUCGAGAUGUUCUUCUGAUGUCCUUAUCGGAGACAAGGACAGUGAGCAACUCAGCGGAAUUGGGAGCAGCAAACACACACACACACACACACACACACACACACACACCAUCCGCCUCUCACCCAAGAAAAAAACAAACAAAAAACCUAUAGUGGUCGGAAGCUGGCGGAAGGGGAGGAACUGCUCCCAAACUCCGAAGAUAACACGCAAUGUCCCCGUCACCCAUACUGGAAGGUGAAGUGAUAUCUUAAUGGCCUCUCCAGUCCCUCAACACUUCGGCUCUGACAGCUUUAAUUAUAACUGUCACAAUCACCUUUCUGUUUUAUAUUUAAUCAGAAAUAUUUCAGUAGGGCUUUACUAACAACUGUGUUCAGCGAGUGGGUGGGAAGUGGGCACGUUUUUUUAAAUAUAGUUUUCUGUGGCUAUAGUGUAAAUCAUCAGUUUUUGUCCAAUAUGUAAUGAUAUUUUGUUGUAGAUGUACAAAAUAUAGCCUUAUAUAGCAUUUUGCAUACCAACCUUUUUUUUCCCCCAGAAACAUAACACUAACUUCUAUUGCAGCAUGUCUUCAAAGGUUAGCAGAUUUUUUUUCAAAUGUUUUUUCUGUCAAAAGAGGUUUAACCACGUACACCCUGAUUACAGACCGUUAAGAUAGCAAAAUGUCACCCAUAAAAUGUCCUUAAUGUGGAAGUCAAAGUAAUAAGAAUUUAUAUGUGUAUGAUGAUAUAAUGUUGUAACCAUGAAUAUAUGAUGAACAUGAGAAUGCUUGUAACGGCAGCUUCUUACAUACGUUUCGGUUUAAAAUGCAAAUAUUACAAGUGCACAUGGUCAUCUUAUAUCGUCGUACGGUAUUUCUGGCUAAAAAUAUUUUUGCAUUUCCACUAGAUGUUCGUGGUUAUAUAAAUUAAGGUUAAAAAGGCUGCCCUGGUCACACAUCUCGGCUACCUCGGUUAUUUGUCCAGGACAGUGAGUUAGUAGUUACUGGUUGGUGGUUAGUGAGAACGAAUUGGUGUACUGGCCAUGCACUAGCCCAAUCACUAACAGAUUUGUCCGACAUUCGCUGACCCAAACCUUUCAAAUCGUAUCUGUAAACAAGCAAAUGUUUGUUUGAGAUCAAUCCACACUUUCUGACUGGCCAAACAUCUUAAUGACAGGGCAGUACAAAUUUUCAAAAGUACUUACAAAACCGCGGUAUGGUCCAACUGUUAAGGCCACGUUAAACGGUUGCAGCAACCUGGACGUCUAAUGCACAUUAAAACAACUAAAAAUAUAAUAUAUGUACGUAAACCAGUAUUUCAAAAUAGCAAGGAACUGUAAGCUUUAUCCAGAAAUGUCAUGCAGUUUUCAAAUAGACCAUGGACCUUUAAAAACACCAUUGGUUCAUAGUAGUUCACGCAGAACAAAUAUACACCUGGCCAUCAGCCGCCAUUUUAAACCUGUGUGUCAUACAAGUACUAAUUUGCAAAGUAAUUUUUUGAAGAAAACAAAUAUUCCAGUUUCUAUAUAGUAUAAUUAUGUCGAUUGGGAACUAUCUAACGUCUUCCGUUAAUGAUGCUUAGACUGUUUUGUGUUGGUACAUUUCACUAUAUUCUUCAAGAUAUUUGUUGUUCUAAUAAUGCAUAUCCACGUGUCUUCGUGGUGUAUCGAUAUUCGUGAUGAUGUAAAUGACGAAAUUAGUGCAUCAAAAACUACGGAAUUUGGUACCUAUGAAAAUACGCUAAUUAAUUCUGCUUGAUCAGUGAUUCAUUUGUAUGAUGUUUGAAAAUUAAAAUAUGUACUUCAU